AUGCAUCUGGCUGGUCUCAUUAGUUCGUUGUUUAUUCAUUUCUGGCGAGGUACUCUCGAAACUGCAGGCGCGCUCGACGAUCCGGAUUCAUGGGACUGGAACUGCCUUGGAUCUGCUGAGGUUUUCAAGGCGCACGGGCUCGACAUUGUAGCCGCUGGGCGGCAUCUUCCUAAGGGUCACGACAGAAAGCCUUCGAACCUCGAGGAGGAUAUUACUUCUGGCUACAAGACUUGGCAAUGGAACUUGCUAUUUUUUGGCCUUGAUCCUGGUCUACUGUACGAAGUUCUGCCGCUCAAGUACUGGAAGAUAAACUACUGUCGACUCGUCCGAGGCUUCCGAAUAGUCUGUCAACAUUCUAUUACCGAGGCCGAGCUUCGAGAGGCGAAGCACUGCUUCGAUACAUUCUAUCAGGAGUUCGAAGAUUUAUAUUACCAACGCCGAGAGGAUCGCCUAUGUUUUAUUCGGCAGAGCAUCCACCAGCUUCUUCAUCUUGCCUCGGAGGUCGUUCAGAAGGGCCCGCCGAUUAUAUACGCGCAAUGGACUAUGGAGCGUACGAUUGGAAACCUCGGUCAAGAAAUUCGUCAGCCAUCUAAACUAUACGCGAACUUGUCUCGCGAGGGCGUUCGGAGGUGUCAGGUAAAUAUACUCAAAGCCCUGAUCCCUUCCCUUGAUCCCGAGCCCGCUCCUUCGUCCAUGCCUUCUGUGGACGUUGGAGAGGGCUAUGCGCUUUUACACAAGCGCUCCAGGCGCGAAUACAAACCCUCUGGCGUUCAAAAAGACGCGCUGAGCGACUGGCUGGGCAGAGAAUGCCCCGAGUUUUGGAUGUGGGGGCGUGCUAGGCUUUCUGACGGACAAGUGGUGCGCUCUGCAUGGCGCGAGAAUACUUACAUUCAGGAGAAUAUUCGCAUCUCUCGCCAUGUCAAGAUUGCUGAGGAGGGUCGUACAUUUAUUGGAGAAGUCCUGUACUUCGCCCAGCUCGAUGUGAAGGACGAACAGACAGGGGAAUGGAGAUGGGAAGGGGUUGCAGUAGUCGAGCUUUACUCAGAGCCAGACUCUGACCUGCUCACUCUAUCUUCUCGGACGUUCGCGACUUGCAAACGUCUAGGUCCUCAAUAUACUCACGUCGUCAACAUCAAGCAGAUUGCAGGGGUUGUAGGUAUGGUCCCACAUCGGCCGACUUUGCUCUCGGGGAUCGAAGAGGAUCGCUUUUAUAUGGUCGAAAAACCCGGGCUGGACGUGGCUACAUUCGUCGGAAACGACGAGGAGGAUGAGAGGGACGAG